AAGGGGCGGCUUUCCCGCCCGGCCCUGGCGGAGAGGGACGGCGAUGGCGGCGGCGCCGGAGCUGCGGGAGUCGCUGGCGCAGCGGCUGCGGGACUUGGGGAUCGCCACGGUCACCGCCGAGCACCCCCAGGUGUUCACUGUUGAAGAAAUGAUGCCCCAUGUCCAACACAUGAAGGGAGGUCACAGUAAAAACCUUUUUCUUAAAAAGAAUAAAGGGUUCUGGCUGGUGACUCUUCUGCACAACAGGCAAGUCAAUUUAAACGAUCUUGCUAAAAAACUGGGUGUUGGAAGUGGAAAGCUAAGAUUUGCUGAUGAAAACGCCAUGCUGGAAAAGCUGAAAGUGGGCCAGGGCUGUGCAACACCUCUAGCCCUCUUCCGUGACCAGGGAGACGUGAGGUUUGUGCUGGAUGCUGGCUUUCUGGAGGGCAGCCAUGAAAAGGUGUAUUUCCAUCCAAUGACAAAUUCUGCAACCAUGGGCUUAAGCCCCAACGACUUUUUGAAGUUUGUGAGAUCGACAGGCCAUGAUCCCAUCAUCAUACAGUUUGAUGAAGAUACGAAGUAGAUGAAGCUCACUUUUCUAAUACUAGGCAUAGAUUUUGUAGAGCAAAACUGAUGAAAGUCUCAUUACAAAUAAAAUCUGAAAAAAACCCCAGGCUUACUCCUUUUUUAUUUUUUCAAUUGUAUAAGUUUAUAUUGUAUAAUCUGGUGAGAAAAAAUACUGUCUUCAGGUUGUUAGAAGUUUAACAGAAUACUCCUAAAAAGACAUGUUUGCAAUCUACCACUAAGUAACCAGUAAGUAGAGAAGGUGUUAUUUAAAUAAUGUUACACUCUUUAUUGAUAAAACGGUUAAAACUGGAACUUUCCGUGCCUGGUACUGGCCUUGAAGGUUUAAACUUAACAUCAUUAGGAAGUAACAAAUAACUUAAAAGUUCUAAAAUACUUGUCAGUACACACAGGAUGGAGAUGUCUCAAUUGUGUACCUGUACCCAUUUAUCCGCUACUACAUGUUGCUUUUUAUUAUUUUUACCUAAUAAAAAACAACUCACCUACA